AUAACAGUUAUAUUUUGUCCACAAAAUAAUUGGAUAAAAUGAAAUUUAAAUCAAAGAUUGUGAUAUUAAUCUCGACUUUAUUGUUUGUACUUCAGAUAAUAUCGUCGACUAUAGUUCACUGGAAGAAAUACGACUUUAUACGUCCAGGUUUACCACUUAGCUGCAAGUCAAACAUGAUUCUUUUCUCUGCUACCGUUCAUCAUCCGAUGGAAUGCAGCAAGAUUUGUUUCACGCAACACAGCUGUCUCGUUAGCUUAUUCAAACCGGACAUUCAUGAAUGUAUUGGAUGCCAGGAGUUUAGGAUUUGGUAUGUUGAGACUGCACCAACAAUAAAGCAUGCCAUCGGACCACACAAACGUGUAGUGAGCGACUGUAAAGAAAUUCUUGAUGAAUACCCGGAAGCAGAAAGUGGUUUUUAUGAGAUAAAACUAUGGCAGUUCUAA